AUGGAGAAAGGAGAAGGGGAAAAUCAAACGUCUAUAUCCGAAUUCAUCCUGCUGGGAUUCGGGAAUCUCCCUGGACUGCAAAUUCUGUUCUUCUUGCUGUUUCUAGGUAUCUACAUUGUCACCAUGGCUGCAAACUUUGUCAUUGUUGUGCUAGUUGUGAUUGAUCGGCACCUUCACAGUCCCAUGUACUUCUUUCUGGGGAACUUGUCCUGGUUGGAAAUCUGCUACUCUUCGACCAUCCUGCCCAGGGUGCUGGCCAGUUUCUUGACUGGGGUGAUUAACCUCUCCUGCAGUGACACCAGUCUGGUUAACCUGGUGACUCUCAUCUUCUCUUCCACAAACAUCAUUCUACCAUUUCUUUUGACCCUGGCAUCUUAUGUUUAUAUCAUCUCCACCAUCCUGAGAAUCUCUUCCACCAUUGGCAAGCAAAAGGCCUUUUCCACCUGUUCCUCCCAUCUUAUCGUGGUGACAAUUUAUUAUGGGACUCUAAUAACUGUCUACAUGUUACCAAACACUGAAGCACUCAGAAUCCUGAACAAAUUUAUUUCUGUCCUUUACACUGUCUUGACACCCCUGAUCAAUCCUCUCAUCUACAGCCUGAGAAACAAAGAGGUCAAGGAGGCCCUGAGGAGAGCUAGGCAGAAAUGUCGAGUCUUCCCAUAA